AUGCUUCGAAGCGGUGUUUCGAUUCGGAAAAUUGCUGAAAAACUGUCUUUGGGUAAGUCUACUAUUGGGCGAGCCAGAAUGGAGCAUUGUCCGGGCCUGGAAACCUCGAAAGGUGGUCGUACUAGGGUGUUGUCUGAAGCCGACAAGCGCUACUGUGUUCGAAAGGUAACCAAGGAGCGGGUUUUAAGCGUCGUCAAGGUCACAAAAAUCUUGAAGAAAGAUUUCCAGAUGAAGGUUCAUCCGGAAACCGUUCGUAGAGCACUCCGCACUGCGGGCUUAGGGGCUUUCGAGAAGGAAAAGAAACCUUUGCUUAGUGACGCUAAUGACAAAAAGAGACUUGCGUGGUGUAAACAGCACAAGGACUGGACUGUUGACGACUGGAAAUGUGUUGUUUGGACAGAAGAGACCAAAAUUAACCGUUUAAACUCAGAUGGUAUCAUGCUUUGGAGUGUCAUUACGUAUGCUGGUGUUGGCUGGAUGUGCAAGAUAAAUAGUAAUAUGGAUAAGACACUCUUCUACAAAGAAAUUCUGCAAGACGAAUUGGAAGAGACUAUCACUUUUUCCAUCGAGAAAUUGUGCUUCCGCAGUGAACAAGUGAUAUUCCAGCAAGACAAUGAUCCAAAACACACCUCAAAUUUGGUCAAGGAUUACCUUCAGGAACAACCAUACCAGGUCAUGGAGUGGCCCCCACAAUUUCCAGACUUGAAUCCCAUUUAA